AUGGAAAACUACGUUAUUGCACGGUAUAGAAAAAGUAAGUAAUUUAACUAGGUGCAUUAAACAGCAUAUUUCGAGACUAAAGAAUUGUUUCAGUACAGUUUGUCAUAUUUUACACAAUUAUACAAUAUAUCUUUUUACGCAAAAUAAUAAUGCAUAAAAUCAAAAAAUCCCAAGUUUAAAUUAUAAAAGGUUGAAAAAGUAGGAUACAUAAUGUUAUUUAUUUUUUUAUCUGUGCACAACAAUAAGUCAAUUACAGACCAAAUAAAUAAACUUUCUAAGUGUUACAUUUGAAUUGCUCGUAAAAAAAAUGAAUCAUAAUGCAACUUUUACUAUCGUAAAUGUUUUCACUUUUUUUUCCCGAUUUUUUCAAAUAAUUAUGAAAAUUAUAUGGAUAAUCAAAAUAUAAUACCAGUAGUGUAUUUAGAAAUUGUUUAAGGGAGGGAAUAAGACAUUAAAUCAUAUACAUGAAAGUCGGGAUCUUUGCCCCUCACACCUUCCUUUGAGAUUUCUAAUACAUUCCUAUUAUAAUGGUGUAUAGUAUACAUGACGUUCUACAUCGAAUACCAACUAACACAAUUAUUAUUAAUCAUUAUUUUUAGUAAAUCUAAAAUUAUAAAAAAUCAAGUUUUCUUCCUUUGUUAGCCAUUUCAUUUAUAAUUUUAUCAAUAUUUAUAAUUAUAUAUUAUAUGUAGAAAUGCAUUCAUUAAACGGCUGCAGUAUGUUUUUUAUCAUGUUUAUGUGGAAAAGCUCCGUUUAGGUGUUGCUGUAGAAACAGGCAAUUCUACUAAAUACCUUAGUCUUGUUCUUAAGAUUUAAGGUGCCCAUCACUACUUACUCCGUUCAGAAUUUAAAUAUGUAACUUAAUUUACAAUUAAAAUGUAGGUACGUAUUAAAACGUAUUUGUAAUGGUUAAUGUAAUUUUAUUCAAAAUUAAUAUUAAAAUAUAUAUUAUAAUCCCUAAAUUAUUAUAUUAAUUAUAUUAAAGAACAAUGGAACUGGAAGCGGGAGCUAGUGUCAACCAAUACUUCCCUUUGGCCUCCGUUUAUUAUAUUUAAAAAAAUCAUUUUAACUAUAUAUUAAGUUACUUAUGUAAUUUUUUUCUACCAUUUAUUUUCAUAUGGUAUAAAACAUUAUGUAUCUUAUAUUUUUAGGUAAUAUUAAAUCAUUGUUUGUUUUUAGCAACGUAAAAUAAUCAUAAUAUAAUAUUUCACGGUUUUUAGAGAAUAUCAUAAUUGCGACUUCUAAUAAUAAUAAUGAUGGUGAAUUUUUAGCUAUAAUGUUAAUCUACACGUUCUUUUAAUUUUUUUCAAAGAACUUAUUGAUCGUAGAACGCUUGCAGUACUAAUUGGUAAUAUAUAAUAUGAAAUAUCCCAUAUAUAUCAUUAAUAAUAUAUAUAUAUAUAUAUAAGAUUUAUAUACGUAUAUUUUUUAUCUUAGUGUACACAAAUAUCACUUUAAAACAAUCGUAAACAUUAUAUAAUAAUUUAAACACCUAACGUUAUUUAUUUAUUUAUAAGUAAAUAUAUUUAAUGAUUUAUUUUAUAUAUACAGGGUGAUUCAUUAAGCGUGCUCACUUUAUUUUUUUGGUUAAAUUUUAAAUAUAUUCAAAUUCUGAUUUUUGGAAUUUUUAUGCGUAGUUAAAGCCGAUAUUUUCGAAUAUUUAGAUUUUUCAAAACACUUAAACACCAGCUUUAGUUUUUUCAAUCGAGAAGCUAUAUUAAACAUUUCAUAAAUAGACGUAGUAUUACUCUAAAUAAAUUUUGAUCUCAGAAAUUUGAUUUCUGUUUACCCGUUAACGAGAUAUUCCACUUCUAAAUUUAAGUAGGCGGAGAGUAGUGAAGCACUAAUAAAAUACCACGCGCCGUGCCACCACAAAAAUGAUACUCCACCACUCUCUUCCUAACUACACUUAAAAGUGGAAACAGUAAAUUGUUACUGAAGUAAUACAGUUCUGAGAGAACGUCGAUUAAAUAUGUUUUCAAAUUCUGAAUUUCUUCAGAACUUUAAUUUACAAUGCUACUAUAUUAUAUUCAACUUUUUUUCAACCACUAAAUACAACUUAAAAUAAAAUCUGUUUUCACUGUUCAAGAAUUUCUGUCCGAUCAAACAAUUUUUUCCAAAUAAUAUUUACUAAAUAAAAACUAAAAUCUCGAGAAUAUCAAAUACCUAUAAAUAGUUCAACAUUUCUAGAAUCUUCGCCAGAAUAUUUUAAAGAUUUUACUAAAUCUAAUAAAGAAUAAUAUAAGUAUUAUGUGAAAAUGGCAGGUUAAAUUUUCUCCAACUUUGAAAAUUUUAAUAAUUAUUUUUAACAUUUUUUUAAAAAUUUUCCCAAUAAUUCAAAAAACUGCUUGAAAAAUCGAAAAAAUACAUUCUCAAUGCACCAACUAUGUUCGAAAUACAACAAAAAAGCUCUCUCAUCAUUUUUUAUUAGAGCAAGAUUUCUGAUAGAAAAGUUGUAAAUAGAUUAUGUAUAUUUUUGAAUUGUAUAUAAAUUUGGUAAAACUAAAAAUGUCUUUUUUUUUUUUAUACUAUAGCCUUUGAUAAUUAUAAUCAAAGUCCAUACAAUAUUAUACUACACUUUAAGUCGCACAAUAAUAAUGUAUAAUUCGAAAACCUGCACAGUUCAUAAAAAGGAUUAGACCAUGCUAAAUGCUUCUUAUAUAUAAGAUAAAAGUGUUGAGAAGGAUCUAUGUAUCAAGAAACAAUAAAGAAGUGAAAGAAUAGAGAAGAAAAAAAUAUUCGUUUUGUAUCCCGUAAAAAAAAUGAAAUAACCCUCUUGAUAUAUUCCCUACUAAUGCAGUAUAAUCAGGAAAGUACUAUCCAUCACGGAAAGAGGGUCUUUAAUAUUAAGAUUGGAUCAUAAAAUUAAAAAACUGUGAAACACUGAAACCUGGAGCUAAUUAGAAAACAGUUGCAACGAGCAGAAAGAAGUGUUGAGGAUUGUUUGUCCGAAUGACCUCAAUUGGCCUCACGAAACAAAAAAAAAUAUGUAUACAACUUUUUUUCGUUAUCUUUGAUAAAAGACCUAAAAAAAUAUCAAAUUUAUGUUAAUUGUUUUAGACAUAAUAUAAAAUACAAAAUAAACUUAAAAAUGCUACGAUGUUCCUAUUUUUAUUAUUGUGAUACAGUAAUAAUAAUAUAAUAACAUAUUAUAAACAAUUAAGAGGUAAAAACUAAGCAGAUAUUUAAUUUAAUAAUUAUAGACAGCGAAGAAACUUAUUAUGAAGCUACCCGGAUGUACGGUAAGUGUUUUUUGUAAAACGGAUAGAUCAAUGAAAUAUUCUCAAAUACAAGUUAGUUAUAUAUUAAUCAUGAUGUUUGAUAGAAAAAAAUUAAUAUUUUUUGUUUUUUAUUACCUUAUCUAUAGUCUUUAAUAAUUUUUCAAGUAACUUUAUUUUUGUAAGCUGUCAAAAUAAAAAAGAUGGACAUUCUUCGAACGAUGAGUGAGCCACUGUUGUAAGUGAGAAAUUGGACAGGUAGAGAGAAAAUUCAAUGUACAUCUGAACAGAAAGAUUAACGAAAAACGAUUAUGAGUGGAAUUCGGUUAAUAGUGUUGCUUUAUAAUAUUUAAAAUUAUAAUUAUAUUUAAUUAUUUACAAAUUAGGCCAUAAUAUUUACUAAUAUCAUCAAAAUUUGAUAUUAAAAAAAAUAUAUAUAUAUAUAUACUUACCUACUACAGUAAACUCAAUAUUUUGACGAUGAAAAACGACUUAUGAUGAACCUCCUGUUAAAUUUUCUAGCAUUUCUAUUUGGUCUAAUAAUUUUAGCCACAGAGUACCUACAAAACAAAAAUUAUGUAAAAAAACCACGUGUAAUUAAAAUGUCUAUAAAAAGCUCAAAACUGACUACAAUGUUUUUAAAAUUUGACCAAGUCUCGAAAACAAAAAUAUAUUUUUUUUGUGUAAAUUUCGAGUUUGAACAAAUAUUUUUAACUGAGUCAAAACAAAAAAUUGAAAACAUAAUACAUUUCAUAAAUUCUCCCAUUUUUCUUACGUUUUUUUCCGGUUUUCCCAUUUAUUAUGAAAACAGCUAGAGAAAUCAAAAAAAGACCCCCCUAAAGUAUUACCCCAUUUCGAUUUCCUUUCAGAAAAAGUGCUUUUACUUGAAAUUCGGAGCAAAAUUGUUAGUAAAAAAGUUGUCGACAGAAAAAAAAUAAACAUCAUUGUAAUAUCAUAAGCUUCUUCGAUCGACUUCUAAUUUAACAUAAGUGAUUGUAAAUAAAAUAAAGUAAUAUUAAUAAUUUAAAUAUUUUGUUUAGGAGCUGCAGGACACUACCUUAUGUAUCUCUUGGACAAGAGUAAAUCUUGUAAGCAUAUUUUAUUGUACACAAAUUUAUAAAUAUGUUUUUCAAUGACACUGAAAUUAAUAUAACAUAUAGGUACAUAUAGAAAUUAGCUAAAGUAGUGGGCAAUGUUUUAAAAAUACCAAAAUGUGUUUCUAUUUAACAUUUGGUUAGUAAAUUAGGAAAAUAUAUUAAAAAAAUGAUAAAUAUUUCUAUUGACACCAUCCUUUGGGGGAAUAAAAACAGAACACUUAAAAAAAUAUAUAAAAUAAAUUGUUUAAAGCAAAAAUAUUUUGACUGUACAUACUUAAAGUACACCAAAAGAUCUAUAUUUGAUUAUCAAUGUAACCCAAAUAGAACAGUUUUUAUGAUUCUUCAAAUUUGAAAAGUGUUUCUAUUCACCCCAUUUUACGAUACAAUAAAAUAAUUUUAACACUACUUGGUUGUUAUUGUAUGAUUAUAGAUGAUUAAUUUGUGUGCUAUGGAUAAAUUAAAUUGAUUAUAUAUUUAUUUUUUUUAAUUUUACAAGCCAUUUAGGCUUUUAGCUGUUAAAACUAAAUGUUUUCAUCUGUCUCUGUUUUGUUAUAUGUCCCAGUCUACCUCUCGUAAUUAAUAUUAGUAUUAUUAUUUCAUUAUAUUAAUAAUGAAAUAAUAAUACUUAAGGAAUCUUUUUUUUUUUUAUUAUUAUUAUAUAUUUUUUUUACGAAAAUUGUAUUUAUUUAAUUAUCAAACAAUUAAUAUAAAAAUCACAAUAAUACACAUACAUGUUAGCCUAGAUAUCUGACACUUAAGAAUAUAUAUAUUGUGACAAAUUGUAUCAUAUUAUUAUAUUGUUAAUAAAUAAUUCAUUAUUAUAUUUUACAUAAUAUACCUAUAUUAUGUUGAGUUGCUAAUCACAUUUAAAAAAUUAAUAUGAAAUUAAUAAACAGUAAUACGAGUAUUUACAGGUAUAAAAUUAUAAACUAAUGAAAUGAGAUUUAAUGACUACAUGUAAGAACAAUUUACAAUUGACAUAUAUAGAAAAGAAAAUCUAUUCGUCUAUUUAAAAAUAGAAUCCAUUGUAUUUCAACAAAAUUAUAUUCAAACCAAUUUAUUAUUAUUUAAGACCACAUUCAGAAUUAAAAAUCUAAUCUACGAUUAGUUUAAAGUUUGAACGACAUUUAUUCUUACAAUUUAGAGUUGAACAGAAUUUCGAAUUACAUAAAACCCCUGCAGAUUUAAAGUAGAACUUUUUUGUGUGUAACAUUUGGUUUUACAAAACAAUGUUUAAGAAUUAAAAAUUAAGAAUUGCCUGAACUAGUGUAGAUAGCGAUAACAGAUAGCACCGCACUAAAUUUUAAAAUUUUAUCAUUUAAGCACGCAUAUUAUUAUCGAAAGUAAUUAUCUACACUCAAUAAUCAACUUAAGGAGAAUGUAAGCGACACGUUUCUGUCUUUGUUCGCACUUUGUUGCACGUGUGUGAGAUAUAGGGAUUUAGACGUGUUUUAUUUCCAACAUACCUAUUGAUCUAGAGAAGCGAUACGAAUUCUGAAAGUAGAUUUUAAUUUGUCGUAAAAUCUACUUGAGAUCGACUUUCCUACUUUUUUGAUUUUUGAUUUUAAUCCUGUGAGUUCGGAAAUGUGGACAAAUUCGUUGAUUAAUUAAUUGUAUUGUUGAUAACAUGUUAUCCGUGGAAACUGAAUAAGGCGUUAUAAAUUUCACUAGAAAAACUUCAUUAGAUCCAGACUCGUUUUUAAUAUGUUGUUUUAUUGCUGUAAUGUGUAAUUGGGUUGUAUGGGUUUGGAAAGAUGAAGAUGGUGAGAAUGAAGAUUAGCAAAUAAUGUGUGCUUCUACUGGGCGAACCCAGAGAACUGAUGACUCGAUCGAAAAGAUUGACGCGUCUUGUGUCUUAUGGCAGCCACGAUCCUCACUCUAGCUGCUCCCAUACGAUAUCACCACAGUGGCUACGUAGGGCGCCAGUAUGUGAAAAACGUGCGUAAUUAAUUGUGAAAUAAUUUAUGGCAUACUUAUGUGGCAACACUGAUCGAACUGAUAAUUUCACCUACUACAUCACUUUGCAGUUUGCUCAUUUAUUUAAUAAAUAUUGAAUAUUUAAUGUAUUAUAAAAUACAACCCAGUUUUUGGAUGAUCACUUUCUCGUGGUCAACAUAUAAGUUUAAACAAAUUACAAGAAUUUAUUACAUGAACUUUAGCAAGUUCGAAUUUCCCCCACAACUACUGUUACUCCAUAUACUUCCGUAUACUCGGAAACGGCGUUCGGUGAGAAACGAUUGAUUCAGACCAAUAUAAAUCAAGAGGUACGGUAACUCAGCAACAGUAAUCAGUCGCGUAUGAUUGAACCGGAGUACUCUUAAGUCUUGAGUUGAAUCAAGUAUACAAUUAUUACUUUAUCAAAAUAUUUAUUUACUUCAUCCACAUACAUAGGUAUUAUUUAUUAAAUUACCCGGAUAAUAUAAAUUAUAUUUAUCCGUCUAUCAUAAUUCGUAUUGGUAUUCCAAUAUUUAAUUAAUUUGUAAUUAAUAGAUAUAUCUAUAUCUAUUCGAUAGUAGUAAUAAGUAUCCAAUAUUAUAAACUUGAAAAUUGAUAUUCUACUGCACAAUUUAAAUAAUAUUUAAUAAUAAUUGAAAUAAACGUUUGUUUUCAGGGCAUCUUUUGGGAUCGAAAGAAUGGUGUGCCAGUGAGUACCCUUCAUAA